UUCAUCUCAGCCGCGUCCGGUUUUCGGGGCAGCUCCUUUCGGUGAAAUAGCGGCGUCGGAUUAAUUCAUAAUUUUUUUAUAGCAAAAGGCGCAAAAAAUAUUUAAAUAAACAGACAAAGCAGAGUGUUCAGCGAUGGAGUUGUUUAUUUCUCGGUUUGUUUUGAGUUCUCGGCCUGCGUGUCGUCAUCAGCCCGGGUAGUUAGCACGGUGGGCUAACUGGCUAAUUAAAUCCUGUCAAGUGCUCGGCUGCUCCUUGGACUGAAGACUCAGAGGUGUCAAGAGGAGGAAAUAAUUAUCUCUGGAGUGAAACAGGGUUUGCAAGUGUCGCAGGGUGAUAACAGGUCAAGGUACGAGCUGGAGCCACUGUUGGUUUUUGACUUGUUAGUGUGCUUGGAGUAAGUAAAUGGUUCUGACAGAAGGAGUUGAAAUGAAGUAAUCACUCAGAUCAUUUUGAUUUGUUUAACGCUAAUAAAAGAUGUCCGUGGAUAUUUUUUUCUGGAAAGUGCCCGAGGUUCUCGCGUAUUGGUCGCUCGGUUAAAACAGCCUUGUAGCUUCUGUAUGUAGAUGGCGGGAUCUAUUUUAAUUCUACAUGUAGCGCUAGUCUUUUGGAUGACAACGUGUCACAUGUACUGUGUACAGUGAGUCCAUGUGACAUGGGAAAAGUAAAUAGGUGUGACACAUUGGCCUGCUCUCACGACGUGGAGCAAACCUGCACUGCAAUAAAUGCUUGCCACAUCUGCGUCAGGUCCCUCUAGAUUUCUGGUUACUUGAAGAAAGGGCAUUCCUAGAGGUUCAAGCUGUGGAUGCACGCAGCUCAUUCAUCUCAACAAUCUGCAUGCUUUGGUCCAACAGAGAUGGAGCUUGAGGGGCUAAAUGUGUAUGAGUUAUAAACUUGAAUUUAUUGAUGGGCAUAUAUUUUUAGGAAAAGCUAUCGUGACUAAAGAUGAUCUCAGAAGAAGAAGCUACUAGUUUUGGUGAAGUUAGUCGUUCUAGUUAGUGUGUAAGGCACUGGUUAUGUCCACGUAUUUAGUCCGUGACACACCGAUAGAUGAGCUGUAGUCGUACUUCUGUUGCUGUCACAAUGCCACCUGUGUUCAUAUUAAUGCUACUGGGAGCAUUAUGCAGCCUUGGACAGACCAUGUCUAGGGAUGAGAAGCACAAGUUAAGGAACCAAGUGAUUGAAAUGUUUGACCAUGCAUAUCAGAAUUAUAUGGACCAUGCAUACCCAGCAGAUGAGCUGAUGCCUCUUACAUGCAGAGGGAGAGUACGAGGCCUUGAACCCAGUCGAGGAGAUGUAGAUGAUGCUCUUGGCAAAUUUUCUCUGACUCUUAUUGACACCCUGGAUACUUUGGUGCUUUUAAACAAAACAACAGAGUUUGAAGCUGCUGUGAGGAGAGUACUGUCAGAUGUCAGGCUGGACAAUGACAUUGUUGUAUCGGUCUUCGAAACCAACAUUAGAGUGCUCGGAGGUCUGCUGGGAGGCCACUCCAUGGCUGUAAUGUUGAAGGAGGGGGGUCAGAACAUGCAGUGGUACCAGGAUGAGCUCCUCCACAUGGCCAAAGACCUGGGGCUCCGUCUGCUGCCGGCCUUUAACACCAGCAGCGGCCUGCCUUAUCCCAGGGUGAACUUGAAAUAUGGUGUCAGGGGCCCUGAGACGAGAACAGGAACAGAAACGGACACCUGUACAGCUUGUGCUGGCACCAUCAUCCUGGAGUUUGCUGCCUUAAGCCGUUUCACUGGGGACCCUGUUUUCGAGGCCCAUGCCCGGAGAGCCCUGGACUUUUUGUGGGAGAAGAGACAAAGAAACAGCAAUCUGGUGGGAACCACCAUUAAUAUCCACUCUGGAGAAUGGGUCCGAAGAGACAGUGGAGUGGGAGCUGGAAUUGACUCCUACUAUGAAUACCUGCUGAAGGCCUACAUCCUCUUGGGAGACGACCUGUUUCUGCAACGUUUCAAUAUUCACUAUGCAUCUAUUAUGAAGUACAUCAGUCAGCCUCCUCUCUUGUUGGACGUUCACAUCCAUAAACCUCUGCUUCCUGCUCGCACCUGGAUGGACUCUCUGCUGGCCUUCUUCCCUGGACUGCAGGUGUUGAAGGGAGACAUUCGUCCAGCUAUUGAGACUCAUGAGAUGCUGUACCAAGUUACCAAAAAACACAACUUCCUCCCUGAGGCUUUCACCACCGAUUUCAGGGUACACUGGGCCCAGCAUCCCCUGAGGCCUGAGUUUGCUGAGAGCACCUAUUUCCUUUACAAGGCCACAGGAGACCCCUACUACCUGGAGGCAGGUCGUACCAUUCUCGACAAUCUCAAUCGCUUCGCUCGCGUUCCCUGUGGCUUCGCAGCAAUGAAGGACGUCCGCACUGGAAGUCAUGAAGACCGGAUGGACUCGUUCUUCCUCGCUGAGAUGUUCAAGUACCUGUUCCUGCUGUUUGCCGAAGCGGAGGAUCUUCCGUUUGACGUGGAGGACUACGUCUUCACCACUGAGGCCCACCUGCUCCCCCUGUCCCUCUCCACCACCCCUCACUCCUCACUGAUCUCCUCAAACAGAACGUCGGAGGAGGAGCUGGAUGACUCAAAUUUUGAUUGGACAUGUCCAAACACUCGCCUCUUGUUUCCUGAUCCUGCCUUCCCUCGAAACCUGAGAGAGCCGAUCCGCAGUGCUGUUGACAAAAGCUGCCCGCGCCCUGCUCCGUACAGAGAGCCGGGCAUGGGCCGCCCUCCCCUGAGGGCUCAGGACUUCAUGGCAAACAACCCUGAACAUCUUGAGCUGCUGCGGAGAAUGGGAGUCAGUCUCAUCCACCUGAAGGAUGGCAGGGUGCAGCUGGUGCAGCACGCCACACAGGCCGUGAGUGCAGUGGCAGCGGAGGACGGCGUGCGUUUCAUGCAGGAGAUGAUGGAGCUGUCCAGCCAGCAGCAGAAAGAGCAGCUGCCUCCCAGAGCAAUUCAGAUCGUCUCCCACCCGUUCUUUGGCAGGGUGGUGCUGACCGCCGGCCCAGCCCAGUUUGGCACAGACCUGUCCAAAAGCUCCACAGGGGUACGGGGCUUUGUUGCUGUGGCCGAGCCCUACAGCGGCUGCAGUGAAAUCACCAAUGCUGAGUAUAUCCAGGGUCACAUCGCCCUGCUUCAGAGGGGGCAGUGCAUGUUUGCAGAGAAGGCCCGGCACAUCCAGAAGGCUGGUGCCAUCGGAGGCAUAGUCAUCGAUGACAACGAGGGCAGCAGCAGUGACACAGCUCCCCUGUUUCAGAUGGCCGGAGACGGUCGCAACACGGAUGAUGUCACCCUGCCUCUCCUCUUCCUCUUCCACAAAGAGGGCAACAUCCUGCUGGAGGCGCUGAAGGAGUACAGAGAAGUGGAGGUGCUGCUGAGCGACAAAGCCAGAGACAGAGGUGUGGAUGUCCAAGAAGCAGAGGAGGACUGCACAACUGAGGCAACGACACCUGUCCCAUCCGAACCCUCUGGCCAGCAACCGACGAGCAAGGUGGAGCUGGAGGAAUCUGCCUCCGAGGAGGUCUCUCCUUUGCAGGAGGAAGUCAGCCCUGCAAGUGAAAACACAAGUACGGCCGAAGAAGUCGGUUCGCCUAAAGAGGAGGUCAGUCCCGUGAAGGAAGAGGCAGAUCUAGCUCAACCUACCGAGGAGAGAGACUCAGAGAAAAGAGAAGAGCCCGAGGGUGACACAGACUCGAGCAGUCAGUCGGUGGAUGAACUGCUUGCUGAUUGGCGGGAAGACUUGGAGGCGUUCCAGCAGAUGGAGAAGGAUGAGCUCUGACAGUUGUGAGGCACCUCGUGCCCUGUGACUGGUUUGAUCCCAUCGCGGGGAGAGACCUGGAGAGAGCGCAUCUUCACACACCACCGGCCUUAAUCUGAUGGACUUUAAAGGAGGCUGGGAAGAUGUCUCUCCUUUUGGUUUCUUCUCCGGCCCUCUGUGAAUGGUGUGACGUGCCAACGCAGCCCUGAUACUGUAUCUCCACACAGUCGAGCGAUUCGUUUUCAGGUAGAUGAUCAAUGAGACCAGAUUUCAUUUCACUGGACUUUCUCCUGCAGUUUCCUGUUUAUAUGUCAAUUGCUGAUGGAAUGACACGGACCAGACUGUUUGCAUCCAUGUCUCUUAUUCCUGUCCAGAUUAGUUCUCACACUGUUGUUCACUCUAUGCAUUUCUGGCUACAUUUGUUCAGUUGAAUGCCGGUCCAGUGGUUCUCUCCCAUUAAUUCAUCGACCAAUUUUUUUUUUUUUUUUUUCCAAAUCUUCCUAAUGAUUAUAUGUGAUGAUAGUUUGACUGUUCUUUCAAGAUCUUUGUUCUAAUCACAUGUCCAAAUUAACAGGAAUCAAAGACUUAUCAAUGAAUUGCGGUGGUGGUGGUAAAUAAGCUGCACAGUCUUUAAAUGGCUUUAUGAUACACUUUACACCAAACCUUGUCUCUCUGGAGGAAACAUGAAAAUCACAUGUCAGUGUAAAUAUGUAUUUGUGGAGAUAUAUGGACUGAAAUAUCCUAGUGCCGUUCGCUCAGGUUCUGGUUCGCUCCACCUAACAGCCUCUUCUGGACCACAGUUGGGUGGAGCACACAUUCUCAGCAGCAUGAUGAGGUGGAUUUUACAGCCACAGGCCGCCACAGGAGGGCACUACGUGAUCUGCUGGUCACGCUAGAUCUGCUGACUAAAUCAAAAGAUCAGACAUGACUAUUAGAUCUGAUUCCAUGAAUUUGCAAUAUUUACACAGAAUGAGAUAAAAAGUAUGUAAAAUGUAACUAGAUUUAUAAACGUGACUGAUUCAGAUGUUGAAGAGUUUUUAUUUAAAUUUUAAAUUAAUUCUGGUAAUGCCACUCUGCUGAUUUAACCCUUUAACAUUCUGUUUGGCUAUUCGGUAAAACAUUUUUUGCUGCUGUUUUCAUUCUAAUAUUUGAGAAACUCAAAAAAGUAUUCAGGUUUAGUUUUCAGUCUGUUUGCUUGAACGAGUGCAGGCCGAAGAGUUCUGGGUGUGAAAUGAAGAGUCUGUUUCUGGUUUGAAUGAUCCAGCUCUGUUGUUAUUAGUCCUGUUAAAACAAACCUAGUGAGAUCUAAAACAAAUCCAGCUGGAGUUUUAAGACUCAAAGUCAAAAUUAAGAGUCCAGCUCAUAUGUGGCGUAUCCAGGUCUAGCUCAAAGAGUCUAGUCUGUCUGGUUUUGAGGAGACUGGGUCUAGCUUAGAGUGUGUCAGUGUUCUGAGAGGGCUGUUCUGAUUUAACAAAUAAUUUUCCCAUUGCUGUUUUUGUUAAGAUGUUGAAGGGUUAAACUGAGUAUUUGAGCUAAAGGCAUGUCUUUCGAGGAAAUGCUACACACAUGCUGACAAAUAAAACAAAGGUGAAUGUUU